CUCCUUUGUCGCUGUCUAAAACCCCCGGAAAGCCAUUUCCCUCUUUUCUCAUCUCGUCAGCAUUGUUCAUUGGUCGCGAAACCCAGAGAAACCAAAAUCUCAGUUUCCCAACCUCUGCAAGUUUCUGUCUAAUACACUCGCCAUUUCCCUUGGAUAUUCAAUGUUUUGUUUCAUCCUUAGAAGAAAUGUCCUCCAACAAAUCAUAACCACUGAUUUAACAACACCAUCACUUACCCAUCUCUACUCUUCCCUUCUCCUACAAAAUCCAUCAUCCCUCUCAAACACCACCAUCACUAAAACUCAAAAUCCCUCCUCUUUUACAGUCUCAUACCUCAUAAACUCAUGUGGGCUCUCUCCAGAAUCAGCUCUUUCAGCUUCCCAAAAAAUCCAACUCAAAUCCCCAGAAAGGCCAGACUCUGUUCUCAAACUCUUCCAAAACCAUGGAUUCACCAAUACCCAGAUCGCAGAAAUCAUCGCCAAGCGUCCGUUGCUUCUCUUGGCCAGCGUCAACAAAACCCUCAAGCCCAAGCUUGAUUUCUUCCACAGCGUGGGCAUUACUGGCCCCACCCUCUCAAAAAUCCUAUCUGCGGACCCUGGUCUCUUACAUCGCAGCCUAAACAAUCAGAUCGUUCCAGCCGUCGACUUCCUUAAGUCUUUUGUCCACACCGGCGAAAACAUUGCAACUUCCUUUAAGCGCAAUACCCGCGUUUUCCAGAUGAAUCUUGAAAAAGUGAUGGGACCCAACAUCUCGAUCUUGCGGGAUGAAGGGGUGGUGGAAUCCAAGAUCUCGAAGCUGAUUACAUCCCACCCUCGGACAAUGAUGCUGAAACCCGAUCGGUUUCGUGAGAUUGUCACAUUGGCUAAGGAAAUGGGGUUCGAUCAGUCAGGCUCAAAUUUCAUCCUCGUGAUCUGCGUGAUGUCAAGGAUGACCAAGUUGAAUUGGGAAAGGAAGGUGGAGGGUUUUAGGAGUUUGGGGUGGUCUGAGGAUGAGUUCCUUUCGGCAUUUAAAUUGCAGCCCAUGUGUAUGAUCACGUCACAGGAGAAGAUUAGGAGAGUGGUGGAUUUGGUUGGGACCCAGAUGGAUUUGAAGCCGUCGAGUCUAUCAAAAUAUCCCGAUGUUUUCUUACUAAGUCUCGAGAAGAGGAUUGCACCAAGAUGUUCGGUUCUGCGGGUUCUAAUUCAGAACAGUCUGAUUAAGAAGGAUUUGAGUAUAACUUGGGCACUGAAAAUGAGUGAGGAGGACUUCUUGGAGAGGUUUGUGAUCAAGUAUGAGGAGAAUAUCCCAGAAAUACAAACAAUUUAUCAAGGAGUCAUUCAUGCUUUUAUCCCUCGGGAUUUGAGGAAGCUCUGUGAGGAGUCCAGAGAGCUCCAUAGAUUCAGAGUAGUUAUCCCCUGAGGAAUACUUUAAUCGACACCAUCAGGUACCUCCUUGUGCCAAGUGGUAUCAGAGUGAGGACUCCUCUCGGGCCGAUGGCAACUAACAACGGAAUGGACCAAAAUCCUGUGGACGGUGAUCAAUGGAUUCGUUAUCUAUUGGAAAGAAAGGAAGCUUUCCAUCGAGAGAGUCAAUUGACCAUCCAAGGGCUACAGGCAACCCUCGUUCGUAUUGCUGAUGCGCUAAUUCUACCUCAAGCCCAAGGCGACACUUAGCCGCCCGUGAUCGCUGUAAGGCACAACCUCGUUUUCCGUAUAGCGUUUUCAGAGGCAAAUUGCAGGGCUAUACCAGAUGAGUCGAGCUCCAAAGACGAGGAUGUUGGUGACAUC